UGGCGUGACUGCGCAUGUGCGGGGCGCAGCCAGUGGCUAAACUCCCGGCGGCUCCACGGACGGCGAACCGUGGCGGAGAUGGAAGCGAGCCUGUUGCGCCAGUGCCCGCUGCUUCUGCCUCAGAACCGGGCGAAAACCGUGUACGAAGGAUUCAUUUCAGUUCAGGGACGAGAUUUUCACCUUAGAAUAGAGUUGCCUGAAGAUUUACAAAUGAAGAAUGCAAGAUUAUUAUGUAGUUGGCAACUGAAAACAAUACUUAAUGGAUACCAUCAAAUAGUACAACAGAGAAUGCAGCACUCUCCUGAUCUAAUGAGCUUUCUGAUGGAGUUGAAGAUGGUUUUGGAGACUGGGAGUGAUUCAGCUGGAAUUUCUAUGAAAGUAAUGGACACUUUGGAAGUUGCUUUAAAGAAGAAACAGGAGUUGUGUCCACCACCUCCUCCUCCCCAGUUCUACUCAAGCCUUAUUGAAGAGAUAGGAAUUCUUGGUUGGGACAAACUUGUAUUUGUGGAUACUUGUCUCAGUACCAUCAAGUUAAAAGCUGAAGAUGCUUCUGGUAGAAAGCAUUUAAUUACUCUCAAGUUGAAGGCAAAGUACCCUGCAGAAUCACCAGAUUGUUUUGUGGAUUUUCCUGUUCCAUUUUCUGUUUCUUGGACACCACAGGUCACUGAUCAACCCCAAAUAGGUGUUAGAAUUGCAGUUCUACCUAUAACUGUGCCAUUAAGUGCAGGUUUGGUGAUGUAUCCUUGCCAUUGCAGUUGGAAUUUUCAGAUUUGGUAUGAUACAAGCUCUUUAAUAAGCAUUUACGGUCAGUUUUUGGCAGCCUUAGAAUCACUGAAAGCAUUCUGGGAUGUUACAGAUGAAAUCGAUGAGAAGACUUGGGUACUGGAGCCAGAAAAACCUACACGGAGUGCAACAGCACGCAGGAUUGCACUGGGGAAUAAUGCUUCAAUACAUAUAGAGGUUGACCCCAAGCAUCCUACUAUGCUUCCUGAGUGCUGCUUUCUUGGAGCUGACCAUGUGGUAAAACCUCUUGGAAUUAAGCUGAGCAGGAACAUACAUUUGUGGGAUCCAGAAAAUAGUCUGUUACAAAAUUUGAAAGAUGUUUUAGAAAUAGAUUUUCCAGCUCGCACUAACCUGGAAAAAUCUGAUUUUUCUAUGGAUUGUGGCAUUUGUUAUUCAUAUCAACUUGAUGGUGCCAUUCCUGAUCAAGUGUGUGAUAAUCCUCAAUGUGCACAGCCUUUCCAUCAAAUAUGCUUAUAUGAGUGGUUGAGAGGACUGUUGACUAGUAGACAGAGUUUUAACAUCAUAUUUGGUGAAUGCCCAUAUUGUAGUAAGCCAAUUACCUUGAAAAUGUCUGGGAGGAAAUCCUAAAAUAAGAAUGUAACAUUUCUGUGAAGAACUGGCAGCCUUAAGAAUUAUCAAAAGGAUUUUAUUUGAUAUCUUCAGAGAAAGUAUAAAGUAAGACCUACUAGAAUCAAAAGAAAAAGAACGAUAAAGCCAUAAUAAUACACGUCAGUAACUGUCUCUUCACUGAGAGUAGAGUCUCUGACCUCCAUUUCGGUUGGAGAAGUAUAUGUAUACCAAGAUGAAGAUCUUGAAUUGUCGAGUAUAUACGGACUGAUAAAAUCUUGAUAUGGUUUGUAAAGUGAAUUUGGGAACUGUAUAGAGCUCGGUUUUUGUGGAGAACUGUUUCUUUCAUUCAGAAUUUGAGACUCACAGUACUUUUGUCUUCUCUUUGUGCUUUCCUAUGGAAAAGUAUAUAUAUUGUGUUAGGUCUGAGUUAUCCUUAUACUGUGUACUCUAAGAGUUCUAAAUAAAACAUGUUACACAAAACGAACAAAUUUUUUGCAUAUUCUUCCUGAGAAGUUUUUUAUAAAGUACUUAUCCCAUUAACCAACCCAAAUCUAGUUAAACUGAUUGGUUCUUUUAAAUCAGGCAAUAGGCCAUCUUAUAAAUAAUUUGUCCUCUAAAAAUACAACGAACUAUGAAACCUGAAUUUUCUUGGCAAGACAAAUCUUAUGUGGGCAAGAUAGUCACGAUUAGAAAGCUUUUUGGUUAUUAAUAAUGAGUGAUUCUGAGGCAGCCGUGGCAGCAGAGCGAGAUGUUGGUGGCAGUGCUGCACGUCCACAGAGCAGCCUCGGUCCAGCAGCCUUCUGCCUGGAUUCCAGAGAAUGACAUCUCCCCAUAACAGACCUUAAGAAGAAAGUUGGUUAAAAUCCUUAUUUGUCCUGAACGUUGAUCCAAGAAAAGAUGCUCAUUUCCUAGCCAAAAAGGAAAAAGUCUCCACAGAUUACAGUUUUGCAAUGUUAAACUGGAAUGCCUAGAAGCAUACGACAAAAUUUGUCAGAGGAUGUUGCCAAAGACUCAAGAAGAUCAACAUGACCCUUGUUCUUUGGUGGGGACUUAGAACACACUGUUUGGAAAGCAGCGUCAAGCUGUCCACCCGUGGAGGUAUGAAGGAGGAUAUCAUUAUAAAUAAACCUCCGAAUACCCUCAGAGAAAAUCAGGUAUUUGUGAAAUUCCAUAAAGCAAGAAGCAAAAUACCUAUUUCUAAGAAGAAUCAGCUGUUACUAGAAUUCAGUUUCUGGAGUGAGCCUGUCUCACGGAGGGCCUGAUAUAUGUGAAUUCAGAGCCUAGAACUCCCACAAGGAGCGGUGAUUACAUAGGGCAGUUAUUGUUUAGCCAAACAAAAAAACAAUUUUCCCCCAAACUGAUCUAUAGAUUCAACACUGUCCCAGUCAAAAUCCAAUCAGGCUUUGGAAAUGCAGUGGACCCAGAAUAGCUAAAACAACCUUGACAGUCAAGAACAAAGUGGAAAAACAUACUUUACAAUUUGAAAACUAAUCACAAAGCUAGACUAAUCAAGACAGUAUGGUCCUGGCACAGGGACAGGCAUACAGAUCAGUGGAAUAGAAUUGAAAGUCCAGAAGAAAACUCUCACAUACAUGAGGAAUUGGUUUCCAACAAAUGUACGAAGGCAAUUCAGUGGGGACAGGUAAUCUUCAACAAAGGUGCAGAGACAACUGGACAUCCUUGUAAAAAUAUAAAUUUAGACCUACUUCAUUUUGUACAAAAAUUGACCAGAACCAAAUUGUAAAUGUAAAUAUAGCUGGAAUUUAAAACUUUAAGGAAAAAAAAAAAAAAAAACAGAAAAUCUGUGAUCUAGGGUCAGGUAAAGUGUUCUCUAUAAUAUCAAACGUACAAAAGCAAAUAAAAGUUUACAUAAUUGAAGGACAUCAUUUAAAAAAUUCAAAGACAACUCACAGACUGGGAGAAAAUUCUGCAAAUCAUUUAUCUGAUAAAGGAUUUGUAUCCAGAAUACAUAAAGACUUGAAUAGACAGUUCUCUGAAAGCAUAUGAAAAGAUGGUCAACAUCACCAAUUGCAAGAGAAAUGCAAAUCAAACUAUAAUGAGAUAUCAUCUUACCCUUUAAGGCCAUUAUCAAAAGAACAGAAAAUAACAAAUGAUGAAGAUACAGAGAAAUUGGAACCCUUGUGUACUGUUGAGAGGACUGUAAAAUGGUGUAGCCAUUAUGGGAAACAGCACAGAAGUUCCUCAAAACAUUAGAAGUAGAAUUACCAUAUAAUCCAGCAAUCCUACUUCUGGGUAUAUAUUGAGAACUCAAGUGUCUUGAAGAGAUACAUGUACACCCAUGUUCGUCAUAGCAUUAUUCACAGUAGCCAAGAGGCAGAAGCAACCCAGAUUCCUAUGGGCAGAUGAAUAAAGAAUAUAUACAUAUAAUGGAUUAUGCAGCCUUAAAAAAGGAAAUCCUGCCACAUGCUACAAUAUGGAUCAAUCCUUGAGGACAUUCUGAAGAGCAAAUUAAGCCAGUCACAAAAGGACAUCUAUGAUUCCACUAACACGAAAUAUCUAAAGAAGUCAAAAUAACAGAAACAAAAAGGUAGUUGCCAAGGUAGAGGGUAGUUGGUCUAAAGUUUCAAUUUUGCAAGAUGUAAAAGUUCUAGAGAUCUUUUGCACAACAGUGUGAAUAUACUUGGCACUACUAAACUACACGGUUAAGUUUAAUGUUACUUGCUUUUUACUACAAUAAAAAAUAAAAAUAGUCAUUCCCAACCUUUAUCAUGACAUGGAACCCUUUACCUGACCUACAUGCCAUAUAUUGGAUAAAGGAAUUGGCUGUUCACAACCAGAGGAAAUUGCCUCAGGGUGGAUAUUGUGGCAUGUCUCAUAGAAAGCUCUGGGAACAGACCAACCACUGUAGACUGAAUAUUAUUGAUAUAUGCAAGUUCCAGGAAUUUCUUACACCAUUCCUAUUAGCCAGAGCUCUUAAUCAGUUUCUUGCUUUAAUCUUAACUGGUUACGAGUUGUUCUGUUUCUGCUUCACUUUGGUGACCUGCCCUGCCCUGUCCUUGUACUAUUUAUCAAGUAACUUAGAAGGAAAAAAUUAAAAAACAAGGCAAAAUAUUUCAAUCUUCAACCAUCUGAUGUAAUACCAUCAUUCUUCACAAUAGCUACUUUCUUGACCUCUUCAAAGAGCCUUUUUUACCCCCCUGAAAGUCACUUUCAGGAUGCAGUUUUAGAAGGCAAGAAGUAAUUACCUUCUACAUAAGGUAUACAAAACCAAAUAGAGGUCUUGAAGGAAGGCCCUUUAACUUUUGUACUUAGAAGAAAUCAUUGGAAGCCAAAUAACUAACUUUAAGCUACUCUUUACUGCCUGAGAGCUAAUAAAGACACACUAUCCCAAUUGUCCUAAAGUUUUCUCAGCUUUAGAGGUGCCUAGCUGGCCCAGGGUGUACAGCACAUGACUUUUGAUCUCAGGGGCAUGAGUUCAUGCCCCACAUGGGUGUGGAGCCUACUUUAAAAAAAAAAAAUUGUCAGUUUUAUUUGCUAAAGGCAAAAUAAUUACUCCUGUGGCCCCCUAAAGCAUUGUUCUCCCACAAAGAAAAAGAAA